AUGGGCGGCUACGACCGGCUCGCCGUCGCGCGCAUCUUCUUCUUCCCGGCCCUCGGCGGCCUGCUCUUCGGCUACGACAUCGGCGCCACGUCCUACGUGCUCACGCAGCUCCAGUCCGCCAAGUUCAGCGGCGUGUCCUGGUACGACCUCGUCGCCCGGUCGUCGGCGCUCCAGGGCCUCGUGACGUCCGGGGGCGUCGGCGGCGCCUUCGUCGGCGCGUCGAUCGUCUUCAAGGUCGCCGACGACCUCGGGCGGCGCCGCGAGCUGCUGCUGGGCGCGGCGCUCUACGUCCUCGGCGCCGCGUGCGAGUUCCUCGGCGGCGGCGUCGGGCCCUACGAGUCCGGCGCGGGCGACGGCCUCUUCCUCCUCGUUUUAGGCCGCUUCGUCUACGGCGUGGGCUGCGGCUUCGUCAUGCACGGCGCGCCGAGCUACAUCGCGGAGAUGUCGCCCGCGGCGAUCCGCGGCACGCUCGUGUCGCUCAAGGAGGCGGCCAUCGUCGUCGGCAUCUGCCUCGGCUACGGCCUCGGCUUCGCGCUGCGGGAGACGGCCGGCGGCUGGCGCUACACCUACGCGGCGUCCAUACCCCUCGCGCUGCUCCUCUACUGGGGCGCCUAUUGCCUGCCGCCGUCGGCGCGCUGGCUGUCCUUGAAGGGCGACGCGGCGGGCGCGCGCGCGUCGCUGACCUUCGUCUACCCGAACGACGACGCGCUCCUGGAGGCGGCCGUCGCGGAGCUCGACGACGGCGGCGGCGGCGGCGACGACGGCGCGCGCGGCGAGCCCCGGUCGCUGCUGGACGCCAAGUACCGGCGCGCGCUGACGGCGGGCCUGGGCGUCGUGCUGCUGCAGCAGCUCACGGGCCAGCCCUCCGUGCUCUACUACGCGUCGACGAUCUUCGACGCCGCGGGCAUCGGCACGGUAGCGACGGUCUUCGUGGGCGUCUUCAAGCUCUUCGCGACGCUGUUCGCGGUCGUCACCGUGGACCGGCGCGGCCGGCGCGAGCUGCUCUUCGUCGGCGUGGGCUCCAUGUUUCUGGCGCUCGCGGCGCUGGCCCUCGCGUUCUACGACUUCGACCCGUCGGGCGGCUUCUCGGCGCAGAAGGGCGCCAUCGUCGGCCUCAUCUUCGUCUACAUCGCGGGCUACCAGGUCGGCUUCGGCCCCAUCGCCUGGCUGCUCAUCUCCGAGGUGUUCCCCCUCGAGGUCCGCGGCCAGGCCGUCGCGCUCGCCGUCCAGGCGAACUUCGCGAGCAACAUGCUCGUGUCCUUCCUGUUCCCCGUGGCGCAGACGGGGCUCAAGGCCCUCCUCGGGAGCACGUGGUACCUCACGGUCCUCUUCGGCAUCUUCGCCGUGCUCGACCUCUACGCGCUCCACUUCAUCAACCGCAACGUGCCCGAGACCAAGGGCAUGACCCUCGAGGAGAUCGAGCGGUUCCUCGCGGGCUCGAAGCCCAAUUCGCGCGGCGCGGACCUGUCCUCCGUCGAGAGCCCCCUCAUCAACUAA